AUGGAAAACUUGAGGUAUAGAUUCAAAGUUAUUUCUUCCCGGAGAAGCUCUCCGAGUUUAUAUAAUUCAGAAGAGGAAGAUACAGAUAUGGCACAUAUAAAUCCUUAUAAAUAUUACAAGAGGGCUAUAAUCCAGCCAAUAUUGUCCAAGGAUUUAGAUGAUAUUACGACUCAACGAGAUGAUCGAGAUGCUCAAAUAGUACAAUUACAGCAAGAUAUUAACAGACAUAGGCAACUUGAUACUCUCAACAAAAUCAUAUUAACCAACUUACUCAAGAAGGAGAUACCUUCCAAGCUCAGGUAA